AUGGCGGUGCUGGAUGCUUGUUGUUUGCAACACAAAAGCGCCAAGACGGUGGAACCCAGCCCUCCACUUCUAGACCACCGGCCCAAAGCAUCGCCUUCUCGCAGCUCCAGCAGCUCUCAGCCAGGAAUUCCCGCCAAUAUCGUUACUGCAGAUCUUCGCUUGCAUGUACGCAAUGGCUUGAUGGACGUGCUACGGAUCAGCAGGAGGAUUUUCCUUGCAGAUGAAGAGCUCGGGAAAAAAGAUGACGACCAUCAUCGCAAAACGGCACACUUCCGGCGGCCGUCCUCGACAUUUUGGCGACUCCCGCGUCGGCGACGUGCUUUCGUCUUGAUCAUUGGCAUCGUCCUCUGCUAUCUCCUUUUCACCGCUAUAUCAUCCCUGAAUCCUUCCUACGACGAACCACUUGAAAGUACGAGAACUGUUCGGCCGUCAUACCCCGUACACAAUGCGAUUCUACGCCCAAAAGGCCCUCCCCCGCUCCCGGAUAAAAGGCAGGAACGCCGCGAUCAUUAUUUUAAUGGCCCAAUAAAGUUCUAUUCUUUGGCAAAGUCGCUAUAUUCCAUCCGGGGGUUUGUGGGUUAUAACCGUGAGAAUAAAAUAGUGCUGUUUGCAGUUGCGAACUUGAAGUGUCUCUCGAAUCUACUUCCACUCGCCUGUGAAAUGUCCCGGCAAAAGUUAAACCGAGUACAUAUCGCGCUGUUGGGGCGGGACGGUAUAUCAAUUGAAAGAAUUCAGGAAGUUAACGGUUACAAUGAGUCAGAUUGUUCGUUGGUUUGGCAUGAUGCCCGCCCCGAUUAUGGUCAUUGGUCCACAGACGCGAGAAUGGAGGCAAGCGUCAAGUCCGCAAUCGGACAUGUCAAUGCAAUUCUCCAUCCCCAGGUCAUUAUCACCCAUGAAAGUCGGGACGAGCCGUUCCUCGUCAAGGGCGUCAAAGCACGGGCGUCUCUAGCAGGCAUAACGAAUAUCGGCCUCAAAGGCAGGGCGUCUAACUUCAAUUGGGUUACAAAACUUGAUGCUAGGGCUUUGGCAGUCUGGAACAGGAUCCAAAUAGAGAUACUCGUCCAUGCACCUCCCGCAUCGUCUGGAUCGCUCUUACGGCUCCUCAAAGGCCUCCAUAAGGCUGAUUAUUUUGGGUCCGUUCCCGGAUUGACCAUUGAACUACCCUCAGAAGUCGAUAAUCCAUUACUCGAAUUUCUUUCGGGUUUUACAUGGCCGCCCCUGACAGAGAAUCGUCAAUUUACGUUGCGCCGUCGUAUAUCCCACAACGUAAGCCCUGAGGAGGCAGCUAUGAGAAGUAUCGAUGCGUUCUAUCCGCGCGAUCCGUGGUUUUCUCAUGUUUUGGUACUUUCUCCACAGACCGAACUAGCACCAUCAUUUUACCACUUUCUCAAAUACUCUCUUCUAAAAUAUAGAUAUUCAACGGUAAAUACCCCGACAACAUAUCACUUUUUGGGAAUAUCAUUAGAGCUUCCCUCCUUUAAACCGACCGACGGAUCUAAAUUCUCCUUUCCAAACGCAAAGACUGUCUCCGCACCAGGUAGUAAAAGUACACUGCCUGUUUUCCUUUGGCAAGCUCCCAAUAGCAAUGCUGCGCUCUACUUUGGAGACAAAUGGAUUGAAUUCCACUCGUUUCUUUCUAACCGAUUUGCUCCACCGCUGAAAAUGAAACAAACGACACGACUGAAGUCUGUUUUGAAGAAAUACGCUUCCUGGAUGGAAUACAUGCUCGAAUUCAUUCAGGCUCGUGGCUAUUAUAUUUUAUACCCAGCAUUUGCUACCGAAGAUGAUUAUUCCCUUGCCACAGUGCAUAACGAAUUGUUUCGCCUUCCGGAAGAACAUGAAUCAACAACAACCAAAAAGCAGCGUGCUGAACCUAGCUUGGAGAAAAUCCACGAUCCGCAACAAACGCUGCUUGAUGAAACGUUUCAAGAUUCCGAACCUGAUUCUGUUGAAAGGAUAGUUUCGGUGUCUUCGUCUAUAUCGGAUCUACUUGAUGCAUUCCCAGCUCAGCUCCCACAGCUUGAAUCAUUAAACAUCCUCUCACCCUCCGGUAUCGAGGGUGGGCUUCCCAGUCUUCUUAGUUCAACUGAGAAGUAUGUUCGAAGCUUUAAAGCAGAGAUAGGGGGCUGUAACUCUGAAGAUGAGCCCCCGGAUUUCGUCCCGAUGAGCGCCAAUGACCUUUUUUGUCUGGAUAGGAAUGACAGCUAA